AUGGCAGACAACUACGGCAUCAGCGACCCGACCAGCGUGGAUCUCACCAACGUCGACGAUGCGAUGAUGCGAGCCAUCACGUGCUACCUCAAUGCCGGCGAGAACGAGUAUGACGGCCGACUUGGGGCGCGGGUGUCGGCUUUGUUCGUGAUACUGGUCACGUCGACGGCGUGCACGUUCUUCCCCGUGUUGGCCACGCGGACGAGCAAGUUCAAGGUGCCGUUGUACGUGUACCUCUUCGCGAGAUACUUUGGUGCUGGGGUCAUUAUUGCGACGGCGUUCAUUCACCUUCUGCAACCAGGCUACGAUGCCAUCGGCCCGGCGACAUGUGUCGGCAUGACCGCCGGCUGGAACCAAUACGCCUGGCCGCCCGCGCUCGCGCUCACGUCCGCCAUGUUCACGUUCCUGCUGGGCUUCGCUGCUGAACGGUACGUGGAGAAGAAGUACGGCAUGCCGCAUAACAGCGGCGAGAGCCCGCUCGAGAUCGAGAACGGUCAUCACCACCACCACGGCUCCGUCGACGCCGCCGCCAUGAAGUACAACACCUCGCGUCGUCGCUCGACCCACCAAGGUCUCCACUCCGCCGACCAAGACAGGCAGAUGAUGGCUCCACUCCCUACGGGAGAGCACAAGAACGCCUCGCCCGACGAGAGCUACGACGACAACAGCAUCGACUCCGCCAAAGACAAGAUUGCGCACGUGGCGUUCCGCCAGCAGAUCGCGGCUUUCCUCAUACUCGAGUUCGGCGUCAUCUUCCACAGCGUCAUCAUCGGGCUGACGCUUGGGACGGCGGGUGAAGAGUUCCCGUCGCUCUACCCCGUCAUCGUCUUCCACCAGGCGUUCGAAGGUCUGGGAAUCGGCGCACGGCUGUCUGCCAUCCCGUUUCCUAGGAAGUUGCGAUGGAUGCCGUGGACGUUGUGUGCGGCUUAUGGGUUGACGACGCCGAUUGCUAUCGCCAUUGCGCUCGGCGUGCGGACAACGUAUAACGCUGGGAGCUUUACUGCGAGUGUUGUGUCGGGAGUGCUGGAUUCGACGUCGGCGGGCAUCCUGAUCUAUACCGGGUUCGUGGAGUUGAUCGCGAGAGACUUCUUGUUCAAUCCGGACCGAACGGAUGAUGACAAGCAGCUGGCUUUCAUGAUCGUGUCGGUGCUGUUGGGGGCGGCUAUCAUGGCGUUACUCGGCAAGUGGGCGUAA